AUGGAGUCGGACUCAGAUGAGGACGACUCAGAUAGCGAAGACAGCGGUACGGACGACUACGGGCAGGAGAGCCCAAGCACGGAGAACUUCCCCCGCGCGCGCCGCGAUACCACUCGCCCACACGCUCCACCGGUCUCUGCGCCCCCAGUCGCAUCGAGUUCUACGAGCGAAGAACCAGCGGACGACGACGUGCCACUGGCGCGGCAGAUCCCAGGCGCACUCAAGGCGCAACGCACCAUUCGCCGGCAAGUGCGCGACGAGCUGGACCAGAAACGCGCCGAGCGUCGCGCCAAACACGCGCAGCAGGCACUGCGUCAACCAACCGUGCCGGCGGCGGAGCCUGCCCUCCCCGGCCAGUCCCAUUCGCAACACGCCUCACCAUCAAAGCUUGUCGGCCGGCCGCGCACGAAGACGCUGCCAAGUAAAAUCAACAGCCCGCUGUCAGCCGGCGACUUGACGAAAAAGCUGCUCGGCCUGCAGACCACCGGUGUCUCCCCACCCCUUCCUUCCCCCUCGCUCUCGCCGUUACCCUCCUUGGCGCAUGCUCACUCACAGUCGAAGCGCUCCUCCUUCGAGCGCGGUCGCGCUAUCACCGGGACCGCGGACACGUUGUCGCACGCAGCGUCCCUCUCUCGCGCGCCGUCGCGCGCGCCUCAAGACAAGACGCUCCGCCCCUCACGUUCUUUCCAUCACCCGUCUCGUGAAGCCGAUCUUGCUCCGCCCAUGCCGAUGCCAUCGGCGAACGCGACGACCAGCGCCGGGAGCGCGGGCCUCGCACGCAGCGGCACCGUGGGCUCGAGGAGACGACCGGCCGCCGAGGACCUCGCGCCGCCUCCUUUGCCCUCGUCAGGACUCGACCGCUCGCGCUCGGUCAAGUCGGAUUCUCGCCGACCCAGCACUGAGCGCCCGCCGGUGCCGCCCAUGCCCGCCGAGUCUUCGUCAUCGGGCUUCGCCGUGCUCUCGCGCCCGCGCGCGAACACGGGAGCGGCACCACCCUCGGUGCCCGCGCCUGCCUCGGUGUUUACGCAGCCUGGCAAGGGUCAGAUGUGGCAGCAGCGCGUGUUCAUCGACAACAUGCAGCGCUUCUGCUUGGUGGAGAUCGGCUCGGCCACGAGCGCGGGCGACGUCCUGAACAUGGUGGACGGCCAGGGUGCGCUCGAGCAGGGUCCCGCCGCGAGCGGGGGUUGGAUGCUGUGGGAAGUCUCCCAGGACUUCGGAAUGGAGCGCCCGAUCCGCAACUUCGAGAUGCUCCAGGACGUGUGCGGCGCGUGGAACUCGGACAAGGCGGUGAACAUGCUCGUCGUCAAGCGCACGUUGCUCGCGCCGCUGCUCAGCUCGAAGGCGAUCCCCUCGUCCUCGCCGAUGUGCAGCGGGUACGUCCAGUGGGAGUACAAGCGCGGCAAGUGGCAGAAGCGCUGGAUGGAGCUCCGCGAGCACUCGAUCUGGCUCUCGAAGCGGAACACGGGCAAGGACGCGACGUUCCUCUGCUCGCUCAACAACUUCGACGCCUACUACGUCUCGCGCGUGCACAAGGCCCCGAAACCGUACGUCUUCUCGGUGAAGUCCACCGACAGCCUCAGCUACUUCGAGGACGCGUCCGACUACGUCCACGUCUUCUCUUGCGGCGAGUCUGAGGGCAAGAACUGGCUCGAGAAGAUCCUCCUUGCUCGUUCGUAUGUUCUCUACCAGGAGCGGAACGUCGUGUCCGUCCCAGCAGCGGCUGCCGCCACCAGCGGGUCCAGCGGCCUGCAGCGUUCUGGUACCCGCAAAGCCCGUCCCGCGCAACCCCUCCUCCAAGUGAUGCCCUCCAAAGCCGAGAUGAUGGCGCCCAGCAACUUCGAGGCGCCCUCCGGAUCCCUCCUCUCCCGCCGUUGA